AUGCGACGAGGUGUUGGUAUUGGUGGAAUUAAUCAACAAUUACUUGAGAAGGCAAAAUUCAGUGAAAAAGGUAGUGAACUUGCUCGUGAUCAUUUAGAAAAGCUAGCUAAACAAUUCGAAACUUUUCGUGAUAAUUUGGAGAAAUUUGCUGAAAAACAUCGAAAUGAAAUAAAAAAAGAUCUUAAAUUUCGACAACAAUUUCAAGAUAUGUGUGCAACAGUUGGUGUUGAUCCACUUGCGUCUAGUAAAGGUUUUUGGUCUCAAGUUCUUGGUGUUGGUGAUUUUUAUUAUGAAUUAGCUGUUCAAAUUGUUGAAGUUUGUGUUGCAACAAGUGCACAAAAUGGUGGUCUUAUUUCACUUGAUGAACUUUUAUUACGUGUACGAAAAGCACGUGGAAAAUCUAAAUCAGCUCAAGAUGUAUCUACUGAUGAUAUUUUACGUGCGAUUAAAAAAUUACGUGCACUCGGUGAUGGUUUUGCUGUAAUUGAACCGACCAAUGGUCAAGGACGUAUACUUAUACAAUGUAUACCUGGUGAAUUAAGUAUGGAUCAUACAGCAAUAUUAAAUUCACUACAAACACGUUCAAGUUUCACCAAAGAACAAUUACGUGAUCAAUUAAAAUGGUCAGAUGAACGAAUUGAAGCUGCUAUUGAUUUUAUGGUUAAAGAAGGUCUUGUGUGGAUAGAUAAUAAUGGACGAUAUACGGAAUAUUAUUUUCCGGGUUUAUUUACCGCACAGCGUGUGACAAAUGGAGAAAGUGUUUAA